AUGUCUCAAGACAUCCUAGCAUUGUUAUCAAAGUUUGCAGCUAACCCUGAUCUCCUCCCACAGUUCCAGGCGUUCCUUGAGGCACAGGGCGCCGCAAAGUCAUCAGUCCCUGAGUCUGGCCCACCCGCAGGCCCAUUGAUCCCCAAUGCGGAAGAGACACAAGGCCGACCAACCACACGUAAUCAGUGCUUGACACCUUGUCACCUCCCCGGCGCUCUAUCAAGGAUCACAAAAACAUGCAAAAUCCAUAUCCUUCCCCUUCCGUUGAUACUUCCAUUUGGCAUUCUUACCACUCCGACUCUUGCUCUCUCACUCACAAUCAUGCUUGUUCUCCAGCUUGUUCUCCAGCUCAUUAUCCGGCUUGUUCUCCCACUCGUAAUUGUACUUGGUCUCCGGCUUUUGAUUGUGCCUGGUCUUGCUGUUGUGAUUGUGGUUGCGCCCGCCCCCACUCCCGCUCCCGUUCUUGCUCUUGCUCUCGGACCCGUUCUUGCUCUUGCUCUUGGACCCGUUCUUGCUCUUGCUCUUGUGUCCGGUCUUCUACUCACAAUUGCGCCCCCGCCCGCUCCCGCUCUCAAGAGGGUCCUUAUCAUCACUCCAGCAACCAGCCUACCACUGAGACGGAGAAGCCAAGGGGCUGGGGCAAAGCAGAUUAUUACAAUCAAAUGCCAACAUCUUAUCAGAAAGGAGGCGGGUGCCAAGGUCAUCAAAGCCACUUUCCUCGAGCGCAUGUCCCGCCAGGAGGCACACAAAUUUAUAGUCAAGCAUGGUCACCCUUUUGGACACAAAUACAACAUGUACUUUAAUCCAUACAGAUAUGUGCCCAAGGAUCCAAAGGCGGUUGCGCGCAUACAUCAGCCCCCUGGUGUCACAACUCAGCUCGGACCUAUGGUUCAAGGGGGCUUAAAGUCCGUGGCACUAUCACCAAUGGACUAUGAGAAAGGUAGAGGGGCAACUAGGGCCCAGGGGUUAUGA